UGGUUCAAAAACGUGAACCAUGCAACCUCCUCUAUAUAUAUAUAACGCGAUGCCUAAACCUCUAACUUUCUCAUUCUCAGAAGCCGCUUCUCCAUUCUCGUUUGCAUUUUAUAUUCUUCCUCCUUCCGAGCGGUGCGGUAAUUCUACGCGACCAAAUAAUGUGUCCUUCUGGUACGGCCCAACGAGCCGUUGUUGAGGCCAGCUUGAGCACGGACUUGCGGCCAGCUUUCGACGUGCUCGAUGCCGACCGCGACGGAAAGAUCAGCCGAGACGAUCUUCGCACGUUCUAUGCGGGGUUUUCGAGCGGAGAUGCCGACGAAGAGGCUAUAAAGUCGAUGAUAUCAGUGGCGGACUCGAACAGAGACGGGUUCGUGGAGUACAACGAGUUCGAACGCGUUUUGGGGGAUCGGAGAGGGUCUUCGCCGGCUGGUCGUCGCGGGGGUGGGGUUAUGCAGGACGUGUUUAGGAUGAUGGACAAGGAUGGGGACGGGAAGCUGAGCCACGAAGAUAUGAAGAGCUAUAUGCAGUGGGCUGGGUUUUCUGCCAGCGACGCAGAUAUCAGAGCUAUGAUCGAGUUGGGCGGUGGUGGUGAUGGAAAGGACGGCAUUUCCUACGAUGGUUUGCUCAAGAUAUUGGCCAUUGAUUUUGUCGGUUAGGCUGCCUGCUAAGCUUCCUAGCCGUCGUUGAAUUUUUCAGCGUGUUUCCUCAAUUUUUGCCCAUUUUCUAAAACUCUCGUAUUAAUAAACUUUAGGCAUUCCUCCCCUUUUUGUAUAAUAAUAUUAAAAAAAAAAAAAAAAGGACACAGAGAUAUUCGUGCAACCUUCUACUACUGACGGAGAUUAUAAUUUAUUUUGUAGCUAUUUCCCCAUAUGUUGUUUUUGAGCAACUUGUUUGAACUGUUCGUUGUGAUUUCUUGCUGUUGUAAUUUGUACUACUCUUUAAUUUAAUAUAAUUACGAAUUUGCCGAA